AUGGCUUUAACCGCCAAGAGGUUGGUAUUCCUCAUCGCUCUGCUCACAUUUUCCCUGGCUGUAGGUCAAGUAAAAACCAGUUGUCCUAAGGGUUUUAGUUUCAUAGGGGAAAAGUGCUAUUAUGUGUCUUAUGAAAAGGCCAAUUGGUUCAAUGCCGAUCGCAAGUGCCACAACUUGAACUCUUCGCUGGUGAUUUUCGACGACGACAAGGACAGGCAGCUGCUGACAGCCACCCUUAAGGUCCUGGGCCUCCCCUUUUCCAACGGCUGGCAGGACUCCAUUUGGACGGGACUCACAUCUCUGGGCACUGAUAGUAAUUUCGUUCGCAAUCCCAAUGGCAAAGCCGUUACGUAUACGCCCUGGUGUCCCAAUCAACCGAACAGGAUCAAUCGAAAGGAUUGCGUGGCCUAUGCUAAUUACAAUGGCUUCGGUUACCACAAUAUCGAGUGCGAACUGUACGAGUUUCCUUUUGUCUGUGAAGCUGACACACUGGUCACCGAAAAGUAUUUGUGUUUGAGGAAGAAACAAUUCAUAGAGGUUGACAAAAAUAUGCCCUGA